GUCACCAGGCAUCAGGUCAUUUGGCUCGACAGCGGGCACCGCGUCAUCUGGCAAGGCAGUGGGCUCCGAGUCAACAGGCACGACAGUGAGCACCGGGCAUCAGGUACCGGAUUGUCUGGCUCGACAGCGGGCAUCGGGUCACCAGGUAUGACAGCGGGCACUGGGUCACCAGGCAUCAGGUCAUUUGGCUUGCCAGCGGGCACCGCGUCAUCUGGCAAGGCAGUGGGCACCGGGUCACCAGGUAUGACAGCGGGCUCUGAGUCAAUUGGCACGACAGCGGCACUGGAUCAGGUACCGGAUCAUCUGGAUCAACAGCGGGCAUCGAGUCAACUGGCCUAAUAGGAUCGUCGGGCUGGAUCAGUUCAUCCUGCUGAGUAGCGGCAAUCAGGCUGAAUGCAGGCAUCAGGCCGAGUAGAGGCAUCAGGCCGAGUAGAGGCUUCAGGCCGAGUAGAGGCUUCAGGCCGAGUAGAGGCUUCAGGCCGAGUAGAGGCAUCAGGCCGAGUAGAGGCAUCAGGCCGAGUAGAGGCAUCAGGCCGAGUACAGGCAUC